CCAAUGGCUUCAGCCACCUCUGGAAACCCCCUGGGGCCUUCAACACCCCCAGAAUUUCACGCCACAAACUUUCCACAGGAAACGGGUGGCAGAGGAAGUGAUGCGUUUUAGCCACAGAUAAAGUUUCAUCUCGCAUCGAGGCGCCUCUGAACGAGCAGCAGCUCUUUUCCGCGCCCGAGAAUGAGGGUCUUGGACCAUCCAGGGACCCUGCUUGGCCUCCUCUUGCUGCUGGUGGCCCCAGGCAAGCCAACGGCUGGCAGCCCCCAGGCCAAAGUGGAUUGCGUUUGCCACAAUGAGGACUACGUGAUCUGCGACUGGGGCAGCCAGCAGAAGCCGGAUCGGAACUACUCUUUCUACUUCUGGUACCAGGAUGUCAGCAAGCCGUCAGAGUGCCAGGACUACAUCCAGAAAGACAGGCUCAACGUGGCGUGUCACUUCAGCGAUUGCGACCUCUUCAUGUACUUGAAUAUGUACCUCAAUGACAGCCAGGGGCAGAGCGUGGUCCCUGGAGCCCUGCUUCUCAACACCCGAGUGAGAGCCGGCAAGCCUUUCAACCUCACCUUCCACAACCUGAGCAACCACCAGCUGCUCCUGACCUGGGACACCCCCUACAAGAGACCCGUCUGUUUGCAACACUCUGUCAGAUUCAAGAGCAACAAGGACGCAGAGUUUAUGGAACUCUCCACCGUAAAUAGCAUGAAGUUCCAAAUUCCCAGCGUGGAUCCUGAGAAGCGCUACAUCUUCUACGUCAAGAGCAAAGUGAACAACAACUGUGCAAGCACCGACCUCUGGAGUGAGGAAUCCAGCCCAGCCUUUUGGGGAAAAGAAGUCGUGACCGCCACGCCGUCGCUGUCCUCUUUGGUCAAAACCAUUGUGAUUCCCUUGGCCUCCUUCCUCGUUCUAAUGCUGAUGCUUGUGGCCUUGCUGCAGAUGGAGAGAGUGCGGGUGGUCCUGAUGCCCAGAAUCCCCAACCCCAGCAAGAAGUUUGAGGAGCUCUUCACAGCCUAUCAAGUCAAUUUCUCAGAAUGGGCUGGAGUCUCCAAAUACACGGUGGAGAGCUUCAAGCCCAACUACUAUGAAAAUAUCUGUGCCAUCACGGAGCUGCUGCCCAGCGGGGGCUACCUGUCUGUCAGCAGCGAGCCCACAGCCAAGAGCGGAGGGCCGCCUGACCCCUUGCCAGACCCUCCUCCCAAAGCCAGCCCAGAUCCUGCCACGCUCCCCCCCUGAGUUGGCACACGGAGCCCGCUGAAAGAAUGUCCUGCCAGCGCCUGAGCCCAGCUUCCCCCUUCCACAGGGGCCACCCCCCCUCCCUGUCCCGUGGCUUAUGGGGCCAGUAUUCUUCUGCAGGUGGCUGGGGGGGGGAGGGUCUGGUGUUGUUUUCUUCAGCCACGUCAUCCCACCCAGGCAGCCUGGGCUUCCCACUGACUGCUCCUGCUUCCCUGCUGCUGGCUGGUGGGCGCAUCUCCUGUACUGGAAUAAAAAGGCCCUCGGUCAUCCGGUCUCUUGCCUGCUCCAUCUGAGCCUUCUAGGGCUCCGGUUGUAUCCCCCCACCCCCCCGGCAACCUUGGCCCUCGUUCAAAGGCUGAGCUGGGGCGUCCCGAGGCCCUGCUCACU